UGCAUAACGUGUGUGAAUUAUUGUUUUGAUAAAAAUGAUGUUAUCUAAUCAAUUUAAUAUCUUUUUUUAGUGUCUGUUAUGUGAAAAAUGACUUGCAGCUUGUAAUUACAUAAAAAAAUUGAUUAAUUCAGAUAUUUUAAAGUGUAAAAAACACACAUUCUCCGCUACUGACCUAUGUUAACCUCUCAAAUCUCUCAAAUCAAAUCAGAGUGAAAUUUCAGAAAAGCUCUCUAUGAUUUUCCAUGUUUUUUCUAUGAUACAUUUAGAAAUACAUUUUUUCUAUUAUAUAACAGUUAAAGAGAUAAGUGUUUAAAAACUAGAACCUGGAUUUUAUCUAUAGUUUAAGUGAGGGAAUUAAAAAUCAAUUCAUAUUAUGCUUGUCAUUUCCUGCACAGGUUAUAGAUCAGAAAUACUUUAACAAAAAUUGGAAUUCUAACAGAAAAUUAUGGAUAACGAAGUAUCUGUGCAUCCUCUAUCCGAUAGGCCUACAGCGGCAUGGAAGGAAAUAAGCAAAACCCAGAAAAUGUACAAACUAAACGUAAAAAUUCCUCAAAAACCAGUUGAACCGAACAAACUACGGUUUGUAUGUAUGAGUGAUACACAUUCCUUAAUUCGUAACAUAAUGUUUGAUAUACCUGACGGAGAUGUCUUUAUUCAUGCCGGAGAUUUUACAAAGUGUGGCCAAAAAGAUGAGGUUCUUUCUUUUGAUAAAUGGAUAGGAACGUUACCACACAAACACAAGAUUGUAAUAGCUGGAAAUCACGAAUUAAGCUUUGAUGAAAAAUUCACAAACCUUUUUAAGAAGAAAAUUGAGUCACAGUCAAGAGAUAUGACUGAUGAAGUACCUCACUAUGGUAAAACGAAAGACAACAUUAACGAUGCAGUAAACACUGAAAAUAUCAGACAAUAUCUAACAAAUUGUACAUAUUUAGAAGACUCAGGCCUAGAAAUUUGUGGCAUAAAAAUAUAUGGAACGCCCUGGCAGCCAGAGUUUGGGAAUUGGGCAUUUAAUUUACCUCGAGGCUCAGAAUGUUUAAAUAAAUGGAACAGAAUACCUUCUGAUACUGAUGUCCUUAUAACUCAUACACCCCCUUUAGGACAUGGUGAUUUAGUUUGCUCUGGUGUUAGGGCGGGAUGUACAGAAUUAUUAUACACAGUUCAAAAAAGGAUUCAACCGAAAUACCAUAUAUUUGGUCAUAUACAUGAAGGCUAUGGAGUAACAUCAGAUGGUAAAAUAAUUUUUGUUAACGCUUCAACAUGCGACAUCAACUAUAUACCAAAUAAUCUACCGGUAGUAUUUGACAUACCGUUACCUCCAGGUCAUUUAAAAGGCUAAAUGACUUAAAUAUUUCAUUCACCCUGUGUAGAUAUAGGACUUUAAUUUAUUGCGAAAGGUUUUCUAUUUUUUUAUAUGUAUAUAUUUUGAUCAAAGUAACAAUAAAAUCAACAAACUUUA